AUGCCAGAAAAACCAAAAUCUGGGUGUUUUACUGGCUUCUUACGUGUGCUUCUAUGUGCUGGAAAUGCAUCUAGUCCUCCAGUGCACCCCUCUGAUCAUUUUACAGAAUAUGAAUCAGAAAAUGCACAUUCCACCAAAGAAACUGUGGUGGUGAAUGAUGGUUCCACCCCUGGAGUGGUUGCAAGGUUAAUGGGGUUGGAUUCACUUCCAAACCCCAAAUGGGUAUUGAAAGGAGGCACCCCAGAUUCUGUUCCAAGAAGCAGAUCAGUGAACUUUGUGGAUUUCUUGCUUGAGUUUGAUUCAAGCCGUGCCAACCAUAGGAGAGUGAAGACCUCAGCAUCGUUCAGAGAGGUUCCUGGUUUGGUUGAGAACCAAAAUAUUGGUAAUAACCUCUUCGUGCUUUGCAUGGAUGCUGACAAAGACCGAGAGCUUAGACAUGAGUUGACGAAAUUGGAAACCAGUUUGGGAGAGGUGAAGAAGGGGAAGAGGCAGGGGAGUAGGAACAAGGAGACUGUGAGUGUGAAGAAAGAGAGGAAUGAAGGGAAGAACAAGAAAAUUUCCAAGCUGAGGAAUGAACCAAGGAGAAUCCCUUCUUCUACGCAUGAAGGUCGAAAUCAUGAAGAUAAAGAUUUAUCUUCUGUGUCCUCAACUUCCUCUAAGUGUAGUUCUUGUAGUAAUAGACAAAACAAUGCUGGUUCAAGAUCAAGGUUAAACACUUCUUUGGCGAAUAAGCACAAGAAGGGGCUUGUGGAUCCAAAAGAGAAGAACAUGAGAAAGAAGAAGUUAUCAUUGAAGGUAGAAAGUGAAUGCAGCUUGGAAAAUCACAGUGCAGUUUCAGUUGUAGAUAGCAAUCACUAUCCUUUCCUUUAUGGGACAAAUUUUCUAGGUUCAAAUUCAAAGAGGGAAUCUCCAUCACUAUUGUCCAUGGAUGCAGACAGUGCAAGUACUGAUAAAGAUUACACCUUCAUUGAUGUCAACAAGGAAGCAGAGUAUUUCUCAGAACUGCUGUUGCAGAUUCGUACUUUGGCAGAAGAUGAUGUAAGAGAGUCAGAUUGUACCUCCAAACAUAUACGUGAGAGUGAAAGCUUUAGGGAUAUCUGUUUUGUGUUUGAGCUUAAAAUUUUGGACCAUUUAUUAUACGAGGUCGUCGAUGAAAUUUCAGAACUUUAUUGUUGUUGUUGA